AUGAAGGGAUUAGAGUAUGAGAUUAGAGAACUAAAUAAACAAUUCCGAGAACUGAGGAAGAGCUACAGCAAACCUGUGGUCUUUGCUGGAAAAAUCGUGGAUGAACCGGAAGUGCCGACGACGGAAAAUGCCCUACGAAGAAGCAAGGAAAAGGUAAUAGAAGGACAUAUGAAGAAGAUGAUGAAGGAGAAAUGGGAUGAGUCAUCAAAGACGAUAUUG